AUGUCUGGUGCUGACGAGUACAGGCAGCUACGAAGCUUGGCACUGUCUUCCGCUUCGGGAGGGGGUGGUCGGGCCAGGAUCAUGGAAAUGGAAUCUUUCUGGGGACCUUUGAUCACUGCAGGAAUCUUUGCAGCCACUCUCAGUUCAGCUCUCGCAAGUCUUGUCAGCGCUCCCAAAGUAUUUCAG